AUGUCAUGGAUCACGAGAAGUUCAGAACUACAAGAACACGACUGGGAUCUGCUGGAAUUUUCGCUACAGUCCAACGAAGCAUUCAAAAUCUCCAGACCAUCUGAAACACCUCAUUCAGGUGAUACCUGUUCUCUCGGUCCCAUUAACGACCCGAAUCUGCAAACCAAGCGACAGUUCCUUGCCUGUGACGAUGAUCUCCGUCAAUGGUUGGAUAGCGUUUGUCCAUGGAAUCAUGAUACGAAAGCUUCAAGCAUAAACUUGGUCAUGGCCUCGAAAACCGACUCCCUUGACGAGCUCCCUUUUAGUCAGAAGGGAUUUGAGAACAUUAUAAACAAGCUCAAGGUCCAUGGAUCUAUUGUCCGAGCUAUCAAUCGCAAUACGAGCUUCUACAAUUGCCGAACUGCUGCUUCUUGGGAGGGAGAUAUGGCCCUCUCUGUGACCUUCUUUCCUGGAAGUCUCACAACUAAUGCGGUUUGGUAUGGAUGUGAUCUGUCCAAGCGCAAGUUCCACGGAGACCUGAUUACCGAUUCUGAGCUCAUCUGCGGUCAACUGGAAAACUUCGACGGAGGCGUCUUCCACCCAAUGGUUCUCCCAGUAGUAUUUGCUGGCUUUGAGAGGGAGAGGCACAUUGGUGCGGUGAGGAAGUGUCUGACGCAGUUUGUCCAGCGGAUUCACGAUCUCGCCCACCAGGACCUCCGAGCAAUGAACGAGGAAGAAGGCUCCAUGAGCUCCAAAAGCGGCAUACUUGAAGAUAGUGCGCCUUUGAUGAAGGGGGGAUGCUUAGCAUCGUACUUUCGACUGAACAUCAGUUUCCUGAGGAUUGGGCUGCAGAACUGGCAGACCCAGCUUCGCAAGAUGAUCGAUCAUGUUGAUCAGCUUCAUGAUACUGAUUUCGGCCUUCCCGUUGCAGCUAGAGUCCCCAGCAGCCAGACCAGAUUGAAUAUUCUCCAGGAGGUGGGGGGUAGACUAAAAACAAGGCUUCAGGACCUCGUUGAUGAGUACGACGAAUACAUCAGACAAUGCACUCACAUCAUGGAUGGCCUGACUUUGGCAACGCAGCUGGAACUGAACAGUAUCGGUCGCAAAGACGCAAGAAUAAACCAGGAGAUAUCUCGAGUAAAUCUCGAGGUUGCGAAAAUGGCACGUCUCGAUGGUAGUCUCAUGAAGUCUAUCGCCAUGCUGGGCAUGGUCUUUCUUCCUGCUACCUUUGUCUCGACUUUCUUCUCUAUGGGCUCUUUUCAGUGGACGAAGGAAGACGGGGAGGGAAACGAGAUGUUAUCGCCGUACUUCUUGGUUUACAUCGUUGUUGCUGUUGGGCUGACUAUUUUCACUAUGCUUAUCUUUUACGUAUGCACCCUGAGAGGGUCUUUUUCUGCCGUUGAUAGUGAUCGGGAGCUUGCUUAG